AUGAAUGUCCUUAACCGAGUUCUUGGACUCGGUACCACAUUGUUUAGUGCAGCUUGUCGUAGGCUGGCCGCUGGUGGUGAGCUCCCAGGCAAGGGAGGUACAACAGGUAGUGAGGAAAGCACACCAAAGAAAGCAAGCUCAGAUAAUCUCAGUCCUCAAGCAUCAGCCACUUCACGCCUCAAAGAAGCAGUUAUAAAAGUGCUGCCUCGGAAGAAAGAGAGAGCAAAAUUUGACACAUCUCAUCCAUCUACUGAAAGAAACUUCAUUACUGCUGUACGUGCAAUGUCUGAGUUUCUACUAAAGCCAUCUGACUUGGAAAACUUACGAAAAACCAAGAGACGCUCGCCAUUUGAAAAUGAGCCUCCCAUCACAGUAUAUUGGUGGAAGGAUGUGGAAGCCAAAGCCUUUCAAGUAUGGGGAAGUAUGGAGGCCCUGGAGGAGGAGAGAAUGAAGAGAGAAAGAGAAGUGAAACAGUAUCAGCAAAAUAUCUUCAACAUCAAGAAACUGCUUAAGGAGUAUCGUCGUGACCAGAGGACACUAUUAGAACCUGUCAAACCUGAUGGCUUGGAUUCUUCAGGCAAGGUGGUGUGGGCAGCAGUCAUUAUCAACGGUGCCAACUUUGUAAUGAAAUUAGGUGCUUGGGCUUUUACUGGAUCACAUAGUUUGUUUGCGGAGGCUUUGCAUUCCUUCGCUGAUGUUACAAAUCAGCUCAUCCUGGCCUAUGGUAUUCACAAGUCGAAACAAAGUGCUGAUGUAGUUCAUCCUUAUGGGUACACCACAAUGAGAUAUGUUUCUUCAUUAAUUUCUGGGGCAAUGAUCUUUUGUGUGGGUGCUGGCCUAUCCAUUCAGCAUGGCAUCUCUGGGCUCCUAGGACCAACAGAGGUGUUACCCCUUUACUGGGCUUUUUAUAUCCUAGGAGGGUCAAUGAUAACAGAGGGUGGUACACUUCUCAUGGCAGUUCAUGCCAUCAGGAAAGGAGCACAGGAACAACAGAUGUCAUUCACUGAAUAUGUUUUUAGAGGACAAGAUCCAAGUGUCAAUGUUGUGCUACUGGAGGAUAUGGCAGCUGUGAUGGGUGUUGCUGUGGCCAUGGGAUGCAUGGGUCUUACCUCAUUGACUGGUUCGCACAUUCCUGAUGCCUGUGGAUCGUGUCUGAUUGGUGGGAUCCUGGCUGCAGUGUCAGGGUUUAUUGUUUAUACAAAUACUGCAGCACUGGUAGGAAAGUCUAUCCCACAACAUCGAUUAGAAAAAAUUAAUGAACAGCUUGAGCGUGAUGUCUUAAUUCGUGCCAUUUCGUGUAAAAGGAAAUCGUCAUUGAAAACAAUUGAUAAAGUAGAACAUUUAUGUUGA